AUGGAAACCGCGACUGGAGAAAUCACCAUCGUUUGCAACCACUGUGACAGAGACAUCCCAUCACUAAAUAUCGAUCUGCAUCGUGUACAUUGCGCCCGGAAUCUAGAAAAAUGCAAGAUUUGUAGCGAUAUGGUGCCGAAAAAGCACGCCGAGGAACACUACCUGAACACUCAUGCUCCGGUAGCAUGCUCGAUGUGCAAAGAGACCAUAGAACGUGACGUUAUCGAUAGUCAUGAAAGAGAAAUUUGCCCCAAGAGGAUUGCAACGUGUGAGUUUUGUGAGUUUCCGUUACCUGCAAUUGAUCUUCCUGAGCAUCAGGAAGUAUGUGGCAACAGGACAGAGCUCUGUUACCAAUGCAACAGCUAUGUUAGAUUGAGAGAAACGUAUAACCAUGAAACCAAAUGCCCUGGUACGGUGCUCAACAAUGUUGAAUCAUCCAGAAGGGUCCCGAGAGCAGCAGAAGGAGAUGGGAACGGAAGGAGGAGAAGAGAUGAGAACGGUGUUUCGAACAAGAAGCUUUUCUUCACUAUAGCGAUUACGGGAAUCGCUGUCUUGAUAGGAUCAUUGUUCUUUCAGAGGAAGCCUGAGGGGAGCUAA